CUCCACCUGCUCGCUGCAGAAAUGUCCGCCAGAUACGAAUUCGAGGCCAACAAUGGUCGCCAAGAGCGGAUCGACUUCUUGACCAACAAAGAGAAGGCGUCGGCAAAGCGGAAAACCGGCAUCAUCGUCGGGGUUGUUCUGGGUUGUCUGGUCCUUGUAGCUGUUGCAGCGUUCCUCAUUUGGUGGUUUGCCGUUAAAGAUGCAGAUUCAUCAAGCACCCUCAGCAGACACAGCAGCCCGUCACCGCAGCUCUUCAGCGGGCACAUGAAGCUGACUGGUGUACCAUAUGCUCAGAAACUGGAGGACACAGAGAGCAAGGAAUUCAAGACGUUGGCGAAAAAGCUGCAGGCAAUUCUGGGGGAAAACUACAAGAAAGAUCCAUUGCUGGGGGAACACCACACUAAAACGGUGGUCACUGCGUUCAGUGAGGGUGUGAUAGCCUAUUACUGGUCCCAGUUUGAUAUCCCGCCUGAAGAGGAGGAGAUUGUGCCUGAGUUCUCAGAGGAGCGGGUGUUGGACGCACUGGAGAGCAACUUGAACGGGCAGCGCAGCACGGGGCCCAUAAAGAUCACAGAAAUCACCACCUCGGUCACAGAUCAUCGCAUGGCCAGGAAUCCCACAGCCACGGAGUGUUUCUUCCGCCUGGAGGCUGAAGAAAAAGUAAAAAGCUUCUCGUCUCCGGGGUACCCCAAGGGCUACCCCCCGAAGUCAAGGUGUCAGUGGCAGAUCCGAGCGUCGGAGAACAAAGCCAUAUCCAUCACUUUCCCUUUUUUCCACAUCGAGGAUGACUGCUCGGACGACUUUGUUUUCAUCUAUGACUCUCUGAGUCCGGACGAAACUCAGGCCAUCACAAAGCAGUGUGGUCAGAGGCCUCCCUCCAACCCGCUGCAGGUGGCGUCAUCCGGAAACAUUAUGCUGAUUAACUUGAUCACUGACACCGCCGUCCAGAGGCCGGGCUUUCAGGCAGAGUACAGAGCCAUCCCCAAGUCUCAAGUGAAAACCUGUGGUGGUGUCCUCACUGAAAAACAAGGAGUCUUCACCUCCCCACUUCACCCCAGCUUCUAUCCUCCUGCCGUCGACUGCAAGUGGACCAUCAAGGUCUCUGCUGGGAUCAAGGUGCGGGUGAAGUUCACCAUUUUCCGCAUGAAGGAGCCUGAAGUGGACCCCCGUGUGUGUCACAAAGACUAUGUGGAGAUUAUGGGCAACAAGUACUGUGGAGAAUCGUCCUCCUUGGCUGUGACCAGCUCCAGCAAUGUCCUGGAAGUCCUCUUCCACUCAGACGAGUCCUUCACCGAUAAAGGCUUCAGCGCCGAGUACGUCGCAUACGAUCCCAAAAACCCUUGUCCCGACCAGUUGACUUGUGCCUCUGGCAUCUGCAUCGGUAAGGAGCUGAAGUGCGAUGGCUGGAACGACUGCGGUGAUAUGAGCGACGAGAGGGACUGCCAUUGUGGCAAGGACCAGUUCACCUGUGGCAACACUUUGUGCAAACCCAAGCUCUGGGUGUGCGACAGCGUCAACGACUGCGGAGACUGGAGCGACGAGAAGAGCUGCAGUUGUGAGGAGAACGAGUUCCGCUGUGGGGACGGGGAGUGCAUGCCCCAGGAUGUGGUGUGCGACAGUAAGAAGGACUGUAUGGAUGGAAGUGAUGAGGCCUCUUGUAAAUCCUCCCCGGGUGUCUGCUCUGACUUCAGCUACAAAUGCAAGAACAGUGCCUGUAUCAGUAAGCUGAACGCCGAAUGCGACCGCGUCAAAGACUGCCCCGACAACUCCGACGAGGACCACUGUGAUUGUGGCACCAGGCCUUAUAAGCUGAACCGGAUCGUGGGAGGGCAGAACGCCGAGAUGGGGGAGUGGCCCUGGCAGGUCAGCCUUCACUUCCAGAACUACGGACACACGUGUGGCGCCUCUAUCAUCUCAAACAAAUGGCUGCUUACAGCGGCCCACUGCUUUGUCACCAGGGAUCCAGCGAACCAUAUGGCCUCCAACUGGCUGACCUACAGCGGCAUGCAGGACCAGUUCAAGCAGGAUGGCGUACAGCGCCGCAAUGUGAAGAAGAUCAUCUCCCACCCAGAUUACAACCAGAUGACCUUUGACUAUGACAUUGCGCUGCUGGAGCUCAACGAGCCGCUGGAGUUCACCAACACCCUCCAACCCAUCUGCCUGCCGUCUUCCUCCCACAUCUUCCCGGCGGGCAUGUCCUGCGUGGUCACCGGCUGGGGCACGCUCCGAGAAGGAGGUCAAAAGGCACAGCUGCUGCAGAAGGCGACGGUGAAAAUCAUCAACGACACGGUGUGCAACGUGGUGACGGAGGGACAGGUCACCUCCAGGAUGCUCUGCUGCGGGUUCCUGGCAGGAGGAGUCGACGCAUGCCAGGGAGACUCCGGCGGCCCCCUGGUGUGCUUCGAGGAGAGUGGGAAGUGGUUCCAGGCCGGCAUCGUGAGCUGGGGUGAGGGCUGCGCCCGUCGGAACAAGCCCGGCGUGUACUCACGUGUCACCAAGCUGAGGCAGUGGAUCAAAAAGGAGACGGGAGUUUGACGCUGCUGUGAUGAAGAGGGAGAGAUGCAGAGCGUCGGAGUGCUAAAAAUAAUGGAGAGGGAACAUUUGAGUCUGAUUCAGGACUCCGAGUCUCUCCAAGAUGUUUUCAUUCAGCAGCAGAAUCUGGAGACUGUUGCACGGACCCAGCGACUCACAUCAGUGACUCACAGCACUUUGUUUGGUUGCCAACCCCCUUUUUCCCACACACACACACACAAACAAACAUAAACCACAGCAACCCACACUUUGUAUAUAGAUCAUAAAGGUGUAAAUCUGUGAAGCGCAUUUUGCCCACAUCAAUCAUGUCAUGUUUCCCCAAGUCCAAAAAAAUCUAAUAUAUAUAUAUUCUGGGAAUCAUUUUCCUGGUU